AUGACAAGACUUGGCCUGGCCGGUCCAAGUUUCUAUGCGAACAUCUCUCUCCGCCAUAGCAACCCAACUGAGCUGAUCCACUGUCGUUUCCGCCUCCAGAUGGAUCCCCAAGGCAAAAGCGCAAAUAUUCAUGUCGCAGACAGUCAAAAGGCCAAGGUUGCCACUACGACGCGUGCUCCGCGUCCUUACGCUUUCAUCCUCACCGCCUUCACACUGUCAACAGCGGAGUCUGGCCGUACAACAGGAGGAACUCGCAGGAAUCACGCUCUUUCCGCCGCCGCCGAAAAUGCCCGGCGCAGCGCUACUUGA